AUGAGGCAUAUAGGUCUCAACAACUUCAUUAAUAAGGUCAUCUCUAGAGUGGUGCAUAACAGGCUAGAUAGACUGUUACCAGCUGUGAUAUCUUCUAACCAAUCGGGAUUUGUCAAGGGCAGGAAUAUUAUUGAGAAUGUAUUGUUGACACAAGAAAUUGUUACAGACAUAAGGAAGAGAGGGAAGCCUGCUAAUUUUGUUAUUAAGUUGGAUAUCACAAAAGCAUAUGACAGAGCUUCAUGGCUAUAUCUCUGUAAGUCAGAUUUUAUAGGCCGUGGGAUGCCAAAGUGGAGUUCUGCAUUGAACCACCUUGCUUAUGCAGAUGAUACCAUCAUAUUCUCAUCUGCAGAGAGUAAUUCUUUGCAGGUGAUCAUGGAUACUCUUCAAGAGUAUGAAAGGAUAUCUGGACAGUUGAUAAACAAGAGGAAAAGUUCUUUCUAUAUGUUCAACAAGGUGUCAAAUCAAUUGAUUCAACAGGUGGAAAUAGUAACAGGAUUUGUGAGAGGUCAAUUCCCUUUUACAUAUCUUGGUUGUCCAAUUACUCAUGUAAGAAAGAGAAAAUUUGAUUAUACUGAUAUUUUGAAGAAAUUCAAAGACAAGUUGCAAACUUGGAAAGGGAAGAUGUUGUCUUAUGGUGGAAAAGCAGUAUUAAUCACUAGUGUUCUCCAAAGCAUUCGAAUCAAUAUACUAUCUGCUAUCAUGCCAUCAAAAUGUGUUAUAAAAGAGCUUCAUAAGAUCUUUGCAAAGAUCUUUUGGAAUAACAAGAAAGAGGGGAGAAGCAGACACUAG